UUUGACUUGAUUAGCAUUUCUUCUCUUCUGAUAGGGGUGUUUAGUCAAAAAUAUAUUUGCUGCUUAUUCUCAAUUAUUUUUAGAUAUUCUUCAAUUGCUGAUAAAGUUUCAAGGAUUAAUAUGAAUUUAUAGUUAUAAUCUAAGCUAUAAGCAUAUUAUGACCUCCUCAAAUUGGUCUUUUAUAUCAUCAUACUAAUCCAUAUUUUUGGUUGUGGAUUUUAUUUUGUAGGAGUUUAUUCUAGUGAAUCUUUCGAUGAAAGAAAUUGGAUCAAAACCUAAAACUUAGUUUAAAGCUCUAAAAUAGAGCAGUAUAUCAAUUCGAUUUAUUUUAUAACUAUAACGAUGGUUACAAUAGGCUACGGAGAUAUAUAUCCAAUUAAUUAAUAUGAAAAAUUAUAUACUAUUAUUGUAGCUUUUAUAACAUGCGGUUUUUUUGCCUUUUCACUAAAUUUAAUUGGAGAAAUUGCUUAGAAUAUCUAAAAAAAAUCAAUGUAGUUGUAAUAGAAAUAGUAGAUAAUCUAGUCAUAUUUAAACAGUAGGUAAAUAGAAAAUGUUUCUCAAAUGAGAGUUCUCAAGUACCUAGAGUUCUUGAAUGGAUCUUAAGAAGAAACUAAUAUAGAAGGAUAAAGGAUUUUAUAAACAUGCUCUAAAAGUAUAAGGGAGGACAUUUUGAGAGAAUAUUAUGGUAAAAUUUUGAGUAAAUGCUAAAUUAUUAAAGACAACUUUAGCUAAGAACUGAUUAACAGAUUGAGCUUGAAAAUGAAAGAAAAGUCAUUUGCACCAGGAGAAACAAUAAUAGAAAAAGGGAGCUAUUUAUAAGAGCUGUACUUUAUAAAGUCUGGAAAAAUUGAAUAUUUUUUCAAAACAUAAAAUGAAAACAAAUAUAUUUCAGAUAAUGAGAACUAGAUUGUUGACUUUAAAAUUUUUAUAUCGCAAUCUGAAUCAGAUAUACAAGUAAGAAGUUAGGGCAUUACUACUGUAAUAUAUAUUGAAUAUAAUCAAUUUAUAGAGACAUUUGAACAUUUAAAGAAUGACAAAGAAAAGCUAUGCCAAAUUAAAGACUAAUUUAUUUAUGGGUAAUCUUACUAGUAUCCUUGUUAAAGUUGUGGUUAAUAUAAGCAUACCAUUUUUAAUUGCCCUUAAGUGACGUUCCGAAUAAAUAAAAGCUAACUAUUAAAAAGAUAUAAUCACAGUCAAUUUUAAUAGAGAGACGAAUAUUUUGAUAGAUUUAAGUAUUCUUCAAAAAAUAAAAAAUUUAAAACAUUUUAACAAAAUUAUUAAGUCAAAAUGGAUUUGAAACUGAUAAGAUGUGAUUUAGUCAAUUAUUUCUAUAACUUAAAAUAAGAUUCUAUUGCUUCAUAGUAGCUUAUAUUGAAGAUAUAAAAUGAUAAAGAAUUCUAUUAAACACUACCUAAAAUCUAUCAAUAUUGGUUUAAUUAAAAAGAUGAGAAUGAAAACGAUAAUAAAGACAAUUUUUAAGACAAAUAAAUUUUCAACUCUUAAUUAGGACUUUUUUACGAGUAAAAUAAUAAUCAAUAUACCUCUAGUAGCUUAUCUUCUUGUUCAUCUGACUACUCAGACACUUUAAAACAAUUAACUUAAGUGAGUAAAACUAACCAAGAAAGAUGCCCGUCUAUUUCUAAGCAAGAGUCUAUUUAAACUAGUGUUAUAUUUGGAAAUGAAAACUAAAAAAGCAUACCUCAUAGUAAAGCAGAUUUAGAAGCAGAACCAUAAAGUUGCCAUUAGGUUCCUUCAGAUAAUAAGAUUGCUAUACCAAAUUUAAAUAGACAUCAUAAUAAUUGUAGUAUGAUUGAGGAUUCUUUAUCUCCUUCCUCAUAGAAACAAAUUCCAAUCGACUCACAAAAUGAGUAGAAUGGAGUUGAUUAAUUAAAGCAGUAAAUUUCUAACAAAGUAAAAUUUAACAUUUAAAGAAGAGAAACGCGUAACAAGACGAAAAAAGUGACUACUUUAAUCGUAAAUACACAACCAGAUUAAAGGUAAUAAUCUAGGACUAGUUUAAAUUCUAAAAACUAUAAAGAACCUAAUUCUCCUGUAGAUGAGCACCACAAAGAUAGUAUAAUGAAUACGAAUGCUAUAAGUGGACAUAAUACAUCUAAUAUCCAAGUAAUCUAAUAAAAAGGAAUGCACAGGGUGAGUUUAGUCUAAUAUUAAUUAUAAGAAUAAAUAAAUAUGUUAUAAGAUUUACUCAGAAGUUAGAAAAGAAAUAGUAGCAGAGGUUUUACUUAAAAUAAUAGCACUUUAUCCAAAUUAAAGAGCAUUAAAUACUAACAGGACAUAAAAGGAUUAUACAUAAAUCCCAAUUCACAUUAAAACAUUAAUUUUAAUAAUAAACAUCAUAGCAGGCUCAAGAAUUUGAGUUUCCAAGAUAAUGCUACAUUUUUUGAAUAAGAUUAUAUCUUUGGUAAAUGUGGUAAAGAAUUUGAAAUUGUCAAAGAAUUAGAAUUUUAUUUCCCAAAGUUUAACUUUACUUAAGUUAUAAAAUCAUAUAAAAAGUUCUUGUCAUUUCAAAAAAGAUAAAAAAAUUAGUAAGAAGAUUAUGGUUUGCUUAAAAGUGUUAAAAAAAAUAUGAGUAUGAAACCAAAAACUUAGUUUUUUAAAGCAGUAUGA